UAUCGAUCGCAAUGUUUACAAUCGAGUGACGUCGUCGUAGCAUCAACACGAGGUACUCUCGCGCGUUGAGUAAUUUUUCAACUCUGUGAAGAAAUAAAGCAUUAAUGUGAUCUCAACGCUGUUCAUCUGCCAAGAUGGGUCGUGUGUUCCUUGAUCACAUGGGUGGCACCAGACUCUAUUCUUGCGCCAACUGUGAUUCCAAUCUCACCAACAGAGCCGAGUUGCUAUCAACAAGGUUUACUGGUUCAACAGGGAGAGCAUUCCUCUUCAAUAAGGUUGUUAAUCUAUCAUACAGUGAUGUACAAGAUCGUAUGAUGAUCACUGGACGGCACAUGGUGCGCGAUGUCUUCUGUAAGAAUUGCGACACCAAGUUAGGCUGGAUGUAUGAAUUUGCAACAGAGGACAACCAGAGGUACAAAGAAGGUCGCACAAUUCUGGAGAGGGCACUGAUCACCGAAAGAGAUGGUUUUGAGGAGCCCAACACAAGUGAUACAAGUAGUAAUUGAAGAUCUGGUUACUCCAAGCAUGUGCAAAAAGCAUUCAUAACUUGAAGGUUAACUUCUAUGAAUAAGAUGGGUGCCAUGCUAUGCACAUAGAUAGAAUAUGAAGAAUUAGAUUCGGGGAGAGAAGGAUUGACUGUAUCCAGAUGGCAAUUCACAGUGUAGAAGGUUGGGAGGAGUCAUGUUGUGUACAUAUUGUACAUUACUCUGUAUAUUUCUUCAUUAUUUGGAUGUGAGAAUAAGACCUGUCAUUAAGUUCUAUUGGACUGCUCUUACAACAGAUGGAAAUGUCACUGGUUUGUACACAGUUUCCAUCGAUUUCUAGUAAAAGUAACAAUUUUAAUGACAACUUCAAUAGAAAUGUCCAUUUCUCAAUCCCAACAAUCUAGCAGUCAAUUGAAAAUGCCAAGAUGAAUCUAGUGAAGAUGUUAGCUUUAAAAUGAUAAUGAAGAUACAUUUACCUGUGAUUGUAUGUCUUUGUACAUAAAUGCAGUAUUGUUUGAUCUUUGUGUAUUUUCGAGACACGAUCCGUCAUUUUAACCUUUCUAACUUUUCGAUAUAUGUCCCUUUUAUUUGAUCAUGUACAUGUGAAGAUUUAAGUAAUUCUCUAAUUUUAGAGGGGAAAAUGCAUCCAGGUUUUUGUUAUACUUUCAAAAUAUGCUGUUUAAAUGUAGACCAACUUCAGUGGAUCUAUAUUUUUUUAUUAAUUAGCUACAUGUAUACUCGGAUAGCACUGACAAGACAGUGUGUAUGAAAAAUCUGCCAUUUAAGCACUGUGGUAUAGUCUAAAUUUAUGAUGAAAAAAAAUUCACAGAAUAAAUGAACAUAUUCACUUAGAAAAAACCUUAUUAAACUUUUUUUUUCUUAAUUAAAUGUAAAAAAAAAAAUGUGCAACAAUAUUGGUUUUACAUGUACAGUAGGUACUAUUUUUUUUUCAUCAGUGAAUCAGAAUUGAAAAAAACAAAAGCAUGGCGUGACAAACAUGCUUGCCCGGGGUAAGUGAAAAUGACGUGUGGGCAAGCAUUUCUCAAAGUCAAUUGCCCGAUCAGGCAAAUGGUUGUUUUGGAAAUAAAAUAAUAAAUUUCAAUAUCUAUUGGAUAAUCACACAUAUCUCUCAUAUUAUGUCACACCAGUAAAAAAAAAUGUGGAAACUGAUGUAAAAUCAGCGCCAGUUACCAAUAAUUUAUCGCCAGAUACCUUGUUCGAAAAACCAUGCAAUCACAUCUUACGUUCUAUGUGUGCAAUGACUGCGCAUGCGCUACUAUCUUGCGCAAUUUGCCGAUGCAAACAAAAAAAACCCCGCCAAAACAUGGCUAAAAUUUCACAUUUGAAAAAUCCAUGAAAUGGCCAUGUAUUUUCCAUAUUACCUUGAAAUUGUUUUGAUUUAGUUGGAAACUACCGAAAAAAUGAAGAAUAUUCAGCUCUUUCUUGACUCUGAUUUAUGAUGAUGUUACACUCGGUAAAUGUUUUUUUUUUAUUGUGGUCCCACAUG